ACCAGUUGCCUACCAUUUGCGCUUAGUCUAAAUUGUCUGUCUCUAAACUACUAUCGGUCACCUACGAAUUUUUAUACAUUAAAUUAUUGCAGAUGACAUAUCUGCUCGUGGUAUUGGCUAUAUGUAAAUUCAAUUGAUUCUCUUUGAGCAGAUCGUUCUCCACUCUGUUCACAAGAUGGCGCCCAUUCCUGUACCGAGCACCCGCCACGUCUGUCUCGUAAGGCGCCUCCACAGGCUCCAUCGACGACACAUGGCGACGAGCGCCUCCGGAGCCGCUGAACAGAUGAUGCAGACAUUCUCGGACAGGACCAUCACCCAGCGCCAACUUCUCGACGCCAACCAGCUCCAGAAACUCAGCCUGACGCUCGGGCGCAAGGAACUAUAUCCAGGUCGAGACAUCUCCCGGGAACCUCCACCGGCCGGCACCCCACUUCCGCCCGGCUAUCACCUGGUCUACUUCACCCCCGGCGGCAUAGAGACCGAGCUCGGACCUGAUGGAACGGAUCGGACCUUCAACUCGCCGGCGCCGUUCACACGGCGCAUGUGGGCCGGUGGGGAGAUGAGGUGGGUCGGCGGAAGAAAGAGCCAGUUGAGGGUCGGCGAGGUGGCCGAGGAGCGGACAAGGCUUCUAAGCGCGGUGCCCAAGCGGAGCCGCGACGGCGGCGAGAUGGUCUUGGUGGAUGUCGAGAAGGAGUUCUGGGGAAAGGAUGGACUCGCACUGGUGGACCGGCGGUCUUGGAUAUUCCGUCCCGAGGCGAAGGCCGCGGCGGAGCCGAUCGCCAAGCCUGUGCAGGGCAAGGUGAAGCGAGGACCGUCAACAAUGGAGGAUGAAGAGGCAAAGGAUGGUACAUACCCACGCCGCAAAUUACGCUGGUCACCAGUAGGACUUUUCCGCUUCUCGGCAUUGACAUUCAACGGGCAUAAGAUCCACUACGACGAGAGUUGGACACAGAGCGUAGAGAGUCAUCCAGGGCAGGUAGUACAUGGCCCGUUAAACCUAGUAAGUAUGCUUGAUUAUUGGAGAGACAUGUGUGGUGGUAAAGGGGACGUGGAAGAAAUUGUCUAUCGAGCAAUGUCCCCCAUUUACGCCGGAGAUACCUAUCACAUCGGAACCUCGAACCCUGAAGACACAGAUGGGAGCUCGAAGUGGGGAAUCUUGGUAGAGAAAGCCGGCGUCACUUGUAUGAAAGGUACCAUCAAAGGCCAGCGACAAUAAGCGUGCAAUUACAUGCCCGAGCGGUUAGUUCCAGAAACAUGAGGAAUCAAGGCUUGCUACAUGGACACGUUGAUGUCUGCUUGAUGUCUGUGACGUCGCUGCGACUACUCAUAGUGGCUGACGCUUAUCAUCGAGAAACCCUUCCACCCGGAACCAAUGUUCACCUGUGGCUGUACGCACGCUCGACUAGUUUGAUAUCAAGUUCCAACUCAAGGACGGUCCUCUCUAGAAACGUUCUUGGCUGUAACCAGGCGGUAAUGGCAAUCGUCUCACCGAUCUUCCCCCAAUCAUCUAGGAUAACUGC